UGGAUGGGGAAAUGAAUCCAAAAAUAUCGGACUUUGGUCUGGCAAAGAUAGUUAAAGACAGGGAAAUGGAAGCUAGCACCAAUAGAGUCAUUGGAACAUAUGGCUAUAUGGCUCCGGAGUAUGCACUAGAGGGCUUGUUUUCCGUUAAGUCWGACGUUUUUAGCUUUGGAGUCGUUGUUCUGGAAAUCAUCAGUGGAAAAAAGAACACAGGAUUUUCUAAAUCCCACCAGACGAUAAAUCUUUUAGGUUACGGAUGGAGUUUGUGGAAAGAAGAUAGGCCAAUUGACAUGAUGGAUCAAAAGCUAGUAGAAUCUAGCAAUUCAAUUGAGGUAUUGAAGUGCAUAAUUGUUGGUCUAUUGUGUGUGCAAGAAGAUCCUGGAGAUCGUCCCACCAUGAYGAAUGUAGUUUUGAUGCUUGCUGGUGAUAUUUCAAGCCUUCCAACUCCAAAACAACCAGCUUUUGUUGCRAGAAGAACAGAGUCCAGCUCUUCUUCUUCUUCCUAUAAACCAGAUCAGACACAUACCAGCAACAGCUUAACUAUCACUCUCCAAGAAGGCCGAUAAUGGAAGUUGGCUAUACAUGUUAUUUCUAUAUUCCAAAURGAUCACACCUUCUAGUUUUGGUAACCAUGAGAACUUUGUCUCUCUAUGUUCUAUCGMUUARWCCGUGAUGGUCACWUAGUUAAUUAAACUUCAUCUUUUCACWAUCGUGUACAUUUCAAGAUGCACUUGAAGGUGUGGCACUUUACAGAAAAAGUUAUCUGGGUCCAAGAACWAUGGUGCUUGAAAAUGAGGGGGAWAUUGAAGAAAGAAUUUCUCAUCUUUUAACAAAAGGUUCAUGCAAGAAUAAAAGACUAUAAAACUAGACACUUUAAGCGA